AUGUCACCCUUCUGUCGCCUUCAAGUGCGACUUCUAUGGAGCCUUUCCAUUGUCAUUGUGGUAGCACGGACACCGUUGCAUGCUCACAGAGAAAGAGAUUUGUUGACUACUCUAGAAGAAACAGACCAGAACAGACAUGAGUUUCUCCGCAGGCUAGAAGAAGGUGACAGGCACCGAGUUCGUGGCUCUUUUGGAGCUCGCUGUGAUGAUGACGAGCAGAAUCCCUGCUUUCCCAACCUGGAUUGCACAAACUUGGGGAUUCCUCUCGGCAAACGUUGUGCCCCAGUGAGCUGUGUUGCACAGGGAAUGGAGCUCUUUCAACAGAAUUAUGAUGUGGAAGCAUAUCAAGCCACAAUCUUUGCAGAAGCAGGGAUCAACGAAACAGAGAUCCAAUCAAAAUUGGGUUUGCAAGAAGAAGGGAAGUCUUCAAUGCUGUCCCUGAGAGAAAAGUUUCAAACAUUUGCCGCUGCUGCCAACCAAACUGCCGUAAUGCAAUCUAUGCAAAGCCAUCCAGAGCCAAUGCUAGCCAUGCAAGGAAUCAUACAAAAGUGCACCACUACACCUUUGAGUAGGCAAAACACAACAACCAAGCAGGAUGAUGGUAUGAUUACUUAUGCUGGCAUUCAUUUUGAAGGUGGCCUGGGGUUGGAUGCUUCCUACACCCACAUGUCUUACUCUGAUGGCGCUGGCCAAUGGGGACGAAUCUGUCUUGGUGGGCUUCAUUUAGGUGCAAAUUUUGCUGUCCUUCAGGGAUUUGCCUUUACCACUGAUGCAGCUGCAGUUCCUUGUGUUUAUUGGGUGGCAGAGAUCGAUAUUCCUGCUUUAUGGAUCCCUUUGUCUUUUUCCAUCGGCAUUGGGGCCAGUGGUGUGACUAUAUUUGAAGUUGGACCCUUUGCUGGUGUGGUCGGGUUUGGCCUCAGCGCCGGCCUUGGAGGUUCAAUGUGUGGUCUCUUUCCUGUCUGCUAA